AUGCCAAAGAUGCCUAAAACAGACCGCCUGCAGGCUCUGCUCGAGUUCACCCGUGAGCACAACGAGGUCGAGCAGAAUCGCGUCUCGCUCGAGACCUUCCUCGCUGAUUUUCAGCAAGAGCGUGAAGAACUCGAUGAGGCACAGCUGAAGCAGAUUCAGGCAAGCCAAAGUCAGCUCACCAUCUACCAAACGCUCCUGGGUCUUUUCAGUACCAGUAUGUAUGACCACGCCAUCUACGAGAACCUUCCUAAACGUGAACCAGACGAUUCGGUCUCAAAUUCCACUCAAACCUCCGCAAUGACAGCCUCAUGCACGACGCAGACCGACGCGGCGACAGACUCCCUUUGGGAUCUAUUGCCUAAAGCUCGCGAAGAAGCCUUCCAGCGCGGCCUCGAUGCUGGAAAAGACGACGGACGCAUCCAAGGAAUCAAGGAAGGCCACAGCGCUGGUAUGACGGAAGGCCUGGCUAUCGGGCUCAAGCAGGGGCAAACGGAGGGCUUGGAGACAGGGUUAGAGCAGGGCAAGGAGGUCGACAUGCAACGUGGCAUCGAGAUAGGAAGAAAACUCGGCUAUGCUGAUGGUCUCGCUGAGCGCCUGAGACAAACAAAGGAGAAGAUGAAGAAGCUGGACGAAGGAGACACCGGCAGGCACAUACCACAGGUAGAGGCAACUCGCGAGAAGAUUAUCGUGAAGCUACCUUCAAGUUUACCCGCAAUGGUCCUCAAGGAGGAGAAGGAGGAAGAGGCCAAGCCCAAGCCCAGGCCCAAGCCUAAGCCCAUGCCAAUGAUCAAUGGUAUCGACCCAUUUGCGUCGCUUUUGGGUCUGGCACGCAAGAAGUAA